UCUCGGGGUCGCUGGAACCCCUGGCUGGCCGCUUCCCUCACUCUCCCCGCCUCCCGCCACGGCCCUAACCCUGGAUCUUGUGCCUAUAGACCUACCCCAGGGCAGGAACCAAGCCCGUGCCGUGGUGGUGGGAGCCGGGUGUCUUUGGAGCCUAGUCGCAGGAAGUUCGUCCCCUUCGACUUGCUGGGUCUCCUUUGCCGGUUGAAAUGUCUCUGAUUUUGUCUGCCUCAGUCCUCCGUGUCAGAGAUGGACUGCCACUUUCUGCAUCUACUGACUAUGAACAAGGCACGGGCGUACAGGAGUGUAGGAAGUAUUUUAAAAUGCUUGCGAGGAAACUUGCUCAGCUUCCUGAUAGGUGCACACUGAAAACUGGACAUUAUCACAUUAAUUUUAUUAGCUCUCUGGGAGUAAGCUACAUGAUGUUGUGCACUGAAAAUUACCCAAAUGUUCUGGCCUUCUCUUUCCUGGAUGAGCUUCAGAAGGAGUUCAUUACUACUUAUAACAUGAUGAAGACAAACACUGCUGUCAGACCAUACUGUUUCAUUGAAUUUGAUAACUUCAUUCAGAGGACCAAGCAGCGAUAUAAUAAUCCCAGGUCUCUUUCAACAAAGAUAAAUCUGUCUGACAUGCAGAUGGAAAUCAAGCUGAGGCCCCCUUAUCAAAUUUCCAUGUGUGAACUGGGGCCAGCCAAUGGAGUCACAUCUGCAUUUUCUGUUGACUAUAAAGGUGCUGGUAAGAUUUCUUCCGCUCACCAGCGACUAGAACCAGCAACUCUGUCAGGGAUUGUGGCGUUUAUCCUUAGUCUUUUAUGUGGAGCUCUCAAUUUAAUUCGAGGCUUUCAUGCCAUAGAAAGUCUCCUGCAGAGUGAUGGUGACGAUUUUAAUUACAUCAUUGCGUUUUUCCUUGGAACAGCAGCCUGCCUUUACCAGUGUUAUUUACUUGUCUACUACACCGGCUGGCGAAAUGUGAAAUCUUUUUUGACUUUUGGCUUAAUCUGUCUAUGCAACAUGUAUCUCUAUGAACUUCGCAACCUCUGGCAGCUUUUCUUUCACGUGACUGUGGGAGCAUUUGUUACACUACAGAUCUGGCUAAGGCAAGCCCAGGGUAAGGCCCCUGAUUAUGAUGUCUGACACCACCCUUCAGACCUAUUGCCUUGGCUUCCGGGGGAAAAGGAGGGAGCUUAUCUUACCUGCCACUGUGAUGAAGAAGCCGUUCACCACAAACAAGAGGCUCUGCUUUCUUUCUCUCGCGCCCCUUUUUGUCCUAAGUCAGCAUGGCAUGCCUGUGAGCGUGCGACACCUGCUAGGCAGACUCCUCUCAGAAGAAUGUUGGCCGUGAGAUGAUUAUUCAGAAGCGGAGAAGAUGUCUCUCUGCAGGGCCAUCAAAGCGGAACCAGUCAGACGCCACUGGAAGACUUGGCCAGCAGUCCUGAAUCCUUGAUGAAGAAUUAAAAAAAAAAAGUUGAUCUUUUGAGGACCAAGUAGGAACUCUGAGUUUGCCUUUAUGAGGCAUUAGUAUAGACCAAAUAAAAAGAUGCCGCAGUGAAUUGGAAAGUUUAUGUUUAAAACAAAUGACUUGCUAAAUAUCA